CUGGUCUUCUGAACAUUAAAGAGUUCCACUUUAUAUACACGACAACUUCCCAUUUCAGAUACAACUCUGACUUCAUAAAAUGGACCUAACACAAUUUCUCCCCGAGAAAUUCAAAAAGAUUCCGUGUCAUAUGGAUUAUGAAGGACAGAAACGCGCAGAACAGUAUUUUCAAGUCAUCAUUGUCCUGUUUGGGGCUGUAGGGUUUGGAUGGGGUUAUAUCUGUCAGCAGUUUUCUCAAACCAUGUACAUCUUGCUAGCUGGGUUUGCUUUAUCAUGCAUUUUGACUUUACCUCCUUGGCCAAUGUUUAGAAGAAAGCCACUGCAAUGGCAGAAAGCUCGGCCAGAAACUUCAGAGGAUGCUGGGAAGGAUUCAAGUUCCUCUAGUUCACAAAAAUCAAAGAAAAAGAAGUAAAGAGACAGGUCUUAGGGAAUGGAUGUUGUGGUGCUAAAUGUAUGUUGAGUGUGACAGAAUUUUAUUUCCAGAUUAUCUUUAUGAUUUAUCAUAUUCCUGAUUUUCAUAUUUAAUAAAUACAUGACAGAUUCAUUUACUUUGGGUUAAACUCUCAACCCAGUAUUUCUGUGAGUUUGAACUUACUCUCAUGUACAUUUUGUUAAAUGCAACUGAAUUUUAAGGAGCACUUAGUGAGAAUAUGGAUAUCUAUUUGGUGCAAUAUCAUGUUUUCUUUACAAGAUGUGUACUUGAUAUGAUAAUAAAUGGAGGAAAAAUC